AUGGAGAUAAGAUUAGAAAUUUUGACAUCAACAAGUAUUAAGCAGAAAAAACCAUGGCCACGUGUCUCCUGGUUGGGAAAGGAAAAAGAAGCUGUUUUUCUUUUGGAUGAUAAAUUCAUAAAUGAAAUUAAUUUGCUAUCAGGAAAGAUAAAGAAGAAAAUUCCUAGUCUGCAGCCUUUCUUGAAGGAUGUUAUUGUCCUAACAACGUCCAUUAAUGAUGCCUGGCUGGCUGGGGUACUAACUACAGGAGAGCUUUUCCUUUGGAACAAAGAUCAAGAUUGUUUGAAAACUAUACCAAUAACUGAAAAGCCUAAGGAAAUGAUCAAAGCUACAGUCGCAAGCUCUUUGAGACCUUAUUUGUAUGUAUCUGGAAAUGGGAAAAGAAUUCUGCUCAUAACACCUGGAUGCAUAUUUCUUUGGGAAUAUUUGGAAUUAAAGAGUAUCUUAUCUUCUAAGAGCCUUUCAUUGGUGGGUCGGUGGUCCCAGGUCAUACCUGAAGAAGCAGUUCUCUUGCCUUCCAUUGAAGAUAAAGAAGCUGUAGUGAAUGCUGUUUUUAUAAAAAAUGAGGCAACUCAGGUAUUAUUUAUAAACACACUGAAUUUUGUUACUCUCUGUGGUAGCCUUAAAGGAUGUAGUAACAAGAGUCGCGUGGUUCCAGCUGCACUUAUUAGGUAA